AUGUGGCGGGGCGCGGCCGCGGCGCUGCUGGGCCUGGCCGCCGCCUGCCUCCUGCGCCGCGGGUUCGAGCCCCGCGCCCGCCUGCUCAGCGCCGCCGAGCUGCGCCGCUACCGGGGGGCGCCGGGCGAGCCCGGGCUCUACCUCGCCCUGCUGGGACGGGUGUUCAAUGUGGAGCGGGGCCGCAAGCACUACGGGCCCGGCGGCGCGUACAGCGGGUUCGCAGGCAGAGAUGCCACCCGAGCGUUUGCCAGCGGCGAUUUCAGCCCGGCGGGGCUGGUGGACUCCGUGUCGGGGCUGUCCCCCGCGGAGCUGCUCUCCAUCCACAGCUGGCUGAGCUUCUACAGAGACAACUACGAGCCCGUGGGGAAGCUGGUGGGCAGAUUCUACGAUGAAAAUGGGGCACCGACAGCAGCCCUGAGGGAGGUGGAGGCUGCCAUUGAGGAAGCUCUCAAGCUGCAGGCAGAAAGUGAUCAGCAGCAGCAGCAGUUCCCACCCUGCAACUCUGAGUGGAGCUCUGCUAAAGGCACCCGCUUCUGGUGCUCCAGAGAGAGCGGGGGCGUGCCCAGAGGCUGGGCCGGGGUCCCGCGGAGGCUGCACCGCCCCGGCUCGCAGGGCGCUCCCUGCGUGUGCGUCCGGAGCUCGGGGCCGCCCUGGGGCCAGCCUGGCUCCUCCCAGCACCGCGACAGAGGCGACCUGGAUGACCCUCGGCUGCAGCAAUACGAGGGCUGCCAUCCCCUGGCCGAGCAGUGCGUGCUGCCCACGGGCUGAGCCGGGCAGGGGGAGCCCUGCCCUGAAACCUUGCACUGGGGCGGGCAGCUCCAGCUCCAGCCCUGCAAAGGAAGCAGGAACAAUCUCCUGGGACUUGUGAUGCUUUUUAACAUAUAUGGAGAUGGAGGAAACACUUCAGCCAGCUCAGUGGCUAAAAAAAUCAAGUAACAGGAUGAUUUCUUUAUGGGAAAUAUUUCUGCACUGGGGAACAAACUGUAAGAUGCACAGCCUGAGUUGUGUUUUAGAGCUGCUCCCUGUGCAGUCAGGGACUGGGUGUUUGUGUGCACAGUGGUGGCACAGUGAGGUCAGUGAGAUCAGAGCUGCUGCAGCAUCACUGCCACAGGUCCUGCUGCAGGCACUGCUGAUGCUCCUUCCCAGGCACCUGACUCACUCCCAGGAGUUUAAAGGAAGCAGGGAGAACCCUGAAUUUCUUCUGCAAUUAGGGUCCACAGUAUCAGGAACUUGCACAUUUUAGUUACACGCAAGCUUUAUCAAAUUCUUGGAGAAGGCAAAGGCCAGAGCUGCAUUUCCUCACUGUGUUUGCGUUAGAUACUGAGCCCAGAUAUUGAAGCCACCCGUGGGGAUUGUUGUUUGAUAUUAACCUCACUGUUCUGGUCUGUGAUUCACCACUUUCAAACUGUUCUGAUCAGGAAGGAGUAGUUUUAAAUAGCUUUCUUUUUGUUGCCUGGGUGGCAACAGAACCAUCCUACUGUAAUCUGCCUCCUGUUUCCAUUCUGGUAUAAGACUUCUUCCCAUCUGCUCUGUGCCUGUCAGACUGAGCUGGAUGUGCCGUUACAAGACCCAGCACUUUUAAAAUCCAUAUUUAUUGUGUCACAGCUGGCAGAAGUCAGCAGUGUGAGUGACUCCCAGAAAUGCAGGGCAGGUCAUUACCCUCUCUGGGUGGGGCUAAAAGGGAGGAAGAAAUACUUGCACUACAAACCUCAAGCUGCAGGGAAGCAUUUGCUGGUUUUAGUGGAAUCUGCUGUUAAAAUCAGUUUUGGUCAAGCUGAGCUUUGAGAGAGACACACAGAUCAGGGUCCAGUGGUGGCACAGGUUGUGGUCACUUCUUGUCCUUAAGGCAGCUGCCACCUGUGUGUAAGCUCCUGGAAGUGUUUAUAAACUGAUUUUUAGCUUUCACCACCUUUGAAGAAAGGCCCAAAAUGUAAGUGAUGAGUUAGUUAAUUAGCAAGUUUACAGGAAGCACCAUUCCCUCCCUUGCAGCAGGACACAUCACAGCAUUUCUCACUGAUAAAAAUCAGAGGAUGCUACAGGGAUGGAGAGAAAGUAAGUUUGUGUGGCUCCAUCCCUGGCAGCCA